AUGGUCUUUGAUUCUGGCUUUGCUUCACUCUCUGGGUCUGGAAACACAGGGGGAGUGGAGGCAAACAUUGGUAGACUGACCUCGGGGAAAGGCAGGGCGGAGGUGCUCCUGUGGAAAUAUUUACAGGACUUGCGUGAUGAACUGUCAGCUCUGCACUCGACAGUCGCUGAUCUGGAGAGGUGGUACUCGGACCUCUCAGCCAUAUACCGCACCACCGUGGCCAACCUAGACAAUGUCAACGACACGACUCUGAGACUGAAGGACCACUCGUCUGAGCUGUCCGAGGAGAACCGGCGGCUGCGGCUGACCUCGGAGAAGCUGGAGGAGGAGAUGGGUCGGUUCGGCUCAGGUCAAAGGUCAAAGACCCAGUCACUGAGGGGGCAGCUGGAGGAGGCAAGAGAACACACAGAGGACGAGCACCGCUGAAGAGUCUCCAGCGAGAUGACCCUAUCCUGCGACUUGACCCUUACCGAAAAGCAAUACGUGAACAAGCUAAGUCGCGCCCACUCCCUCCACGACCUUGACCGACAGCACCUGGAGCACGACAUAGGCAGGCUGCAGCAUGCACUGAGUCGACAGAAGCAACACCACAGAGACACCAUAAGGGGCAUGUACUGCCAUCAUGGACGCCAACACCGCCACCACUACUGCCUGUCUCACAGUAUUUAUGAUUGCUACAACUGUCUUCACCACGACCCCAUGCUGCUGGACUAGGCUUGUGGGGAUGUGGUCUGUGUGUGUCAAUGUAUUCACCGAGUUGUA